CAGUGCAUUGCUAUAAUUCAUUAAUACAUCAUAAAUCGUCAAGCACCGGGUUAUAACGACCACGAGCCACAAAUCAAGCCCUCCAAAAUAACCCAAAUGAGCUCUUACUUUGUAAACUCGUUCUCAGGGCGCUAUCCAAAUGGCCCCGAGUAUCAGUUGCUAAAUUAUGGGACUAGCAGUGCUAUGAACGGGUCGUACAGAGAUUCAGGCACCAUGCAUUCCAGCUCCUAUGCCUACAACUACAAUGGGAUGGACCUUAGCAUCAACCGCUCGGCCUCCUCUAGCCACUUUGGGGCGGUGGGAGACAGCUCCCGCAGCUUCUCUUCACCGCCAGCGCAGGAGAGCAGGUUUAGACAGGCGUCUAGCUGCUCCUUGUCCUCUCCCGAGUCCCUUCCCUGCUCCAACAGCGACAGCCAUGGAGGCAAACCCGCCCCGUCCCCCUCCGACCCGGCUCCUUCUGCCGGCACCAACACAAAUUUCACAGAAAUAGACGAGACCAGCGCGUCUUCGGGGACCGAAGAGGGCACCCAAAUAAACAGCAACAAUAUUUCCAGGGCGCAGACAGAGCCCGUGGCUACAUCCACAGGACCAACAGAAGGGCAGACACCACAAAUAUUCCCUUGGAUGAGGAAGCUUCACAUUAGCCAUGACAUGACUGGACCAGACGGUAAAAGAGCAAGAACCGCGUAUACUCGCUACCAGACCCUAGAAUUGGAAAAGGAAUUCCACUUCAAUAGAUACCUCACCCGGAGGAGGAGAAUAGAAAUCGCCCAUGCCCUCUGCCUGUCCGAAAGGCAAAUUAAAAUCUGGUUCCAAAACAGAAGAAUGAAGUGGAAGAAAGAUAAUAAACUGAAAAGCAUGAGCGUGGUCUCCGCGGGCAGCGCCUUUCAGCCAUGAAUUAUAGAAAAGGAAUAUCAUGGAAAGAAAGAAGAAGGAGAAGAAAAGGGGGGGAGGGAGGGAGGGGUAAGCAAACGCAUAUCUUAGUUUCUGAGUACUGUACAGUAAGGCACUUUUUCCGGCAUGUUGUUGAUAUUUUAAACAACUCCUAAGGUACUGUUAUCCCAGGACUGCGUUCCUGUCGUGUUUUUUUUAAUUUUUGUUUUAAUUUUAUUUUAUAAUUAUUAUUAUUUUUUAAAAAAUUUAGAUGCCCCUCCACGCUCUUGAUGUUCUUAUAAAUGUUUGUGCCCGUGCUAUUUUGAUGCUUUCUGGAAAGCUAGCAUGUUUUAUGUGAGCCCUUUAGAUGUUCUAACUUAUUUAUAAAAUUGAUAACAGACGGUGGUUUGUUUAGGUUAUUUUUUUCCCCUGAGUUUACAGCUCUUGUGAGGGAGGGGGGAUUUUUUUCUCUGCCUAAGCUAAAAGUCGGGAUUCCUGCACUAAAACAGCAGAAAAAAAAUAAUAAAAAAACAAGCAAAAAACUGUAAAGAAAAAAUAAAAAGAAAAAAAGCAAAAAAAGCUCUUGUAUCUUUUUGUCUUAAAAUUGUCGAAUCUGUGAUUUAGUUCCAACUUCACGCCUUGCUGUCUUGUCCCAAGCUAUUUCUGAGACGUGUUCUUAGACGUGGGUAAACUUCACUAUUAAACAUGUAUAAAAUUGGACCAACCAUAGCGUGUGCCGAUGUCUGUAAAUAGUAGGACUAUUUCUGAUGUGACUAAUAGACAGUUUGUAGUGGGCAGAGUGAAUGCAGUGGUAGGUGUAAAAUGGCUAGCUGCCUGUUAGUAUUUUGCCAAUAUGCUUUUUGUAUUUGUUUGUAGCGUCACUUCAAGUCAAAUAAACAUUUCUCCUAUUCACAAAGACUCCCCUUCGUAUUUUCUACACAACGCGGAGAGUUCGCAAUAUCUUCUAAACACAAAUAGGUACCAGGACUGGCGUAUCGCUUGUACUGAGCUCGGAGCAUUUAACCAACGCUACAAACUGUUCUCUUCCCUGCAUAUCCCUUUGGAAACCUCUCCGAAGCCAAAAAUGCAAACUUCACGUAACAGAGACUUAGGUGGAGGAGGAAAGCAAACGCAGUCUAUAGAAGAAAUGCAACCUGUUAUAUAGUUUCCAAACUUUGUUUCGCCCUCCAAAAAGAACCCAAAUAUCAGCUAAAACGCAGUGUUGGCAAGCAGCCUAAGUUACAACAAGAAGAUACAAAUGCUCUGCAAAAUAUAUGUAUGUGCAUUUCAAGAUCUGGCAUAUAUUAGGGUUUAAAAAAAUAAAGCGAUCUAGCUGUUUAUAUCUGUGCAGUAUCGCUGCUGCAUAAUCUCUGGUCUCCCCCACCCGUUCCAUCUCCAUCCAUGUGCAUAUUGUUUUUAUAUCCUAGUCGCUGGCUCGACACGUAAAUAACAGUUCUGUUAACUACUGAAACUCACCACAAAGAGUCAUUUGCGCCGCAUAUAAUUUAACUUAAUCAAAGGUGGUAAACAUUUCAGUUUUGCUAUCUGUUGACAAAACGCUAUUGACAUCUUUACUAGCUAG